AUGACGUCCUUCCUGAAGAAGUUUCAGAUUCUGAAGAAGAAGGAAAUGGAAAGCAGUAGCUCCCUUGCCCCAGCUAAUCGGGGGCAGUGGGAUAGUCGAGAAGGCCACUUCUCGGGCUUUCAACCACCCAGUGUCCAAGACCCAGCGAACCAGAGAACAUCACAACUCUUGCCGUUGCUGGUGAAGCCUUCUACUUCUCCAGCAGCUGCAGAUGCCAAGAAGAAAGCUCAGACCCAGCCCCUGGUCCUUCCCGAACUGGUGCAGCGUCCCACCAACCAAAAGGCUCCUCCGGCAACUAACAAGGUAGAUGACAAAUAUGGGCGUCACCCGGCAGUUGAAAUCAGUUUGCCAAAGCUAUUUUCAAAGGAGAAACCCAAGAAACUAAGCACUCCAGUGAAAAAGAAGCCACCCGAACCCUUGGUGCCUAUAUAUCCAGAACUGUCCGAUGAGCAAUUCAAAUUUCUGUGGGACCCCAGGAAGCUGCACAGAGGGAGGUCUAUUCGAGAAUCUGUUGAUAUGAUGGAUGAGAGGGAAAUCUUAGACACCAUCCUGAUUUAUCUCAACCACUCUGUCCAGCGGCCUUCCGGUGUGGAUCCCAGACAAAACAGGAGAAAAUCGGAAGAAAUUGGAUCAAGCCAGAAAACACUGGUGCAACAAAAGUCAAAACAAUCUUCACAAGAAAAGAUUCUUCUUUACAAAUAUUUUGGGGUGAAACUGCGAGAUUCAAGGAAUAAAGAUGUGGUCAGUGAAUACUUGCAUAUACUUCUGGGUUUUGCUGUUCAAGAUGAAGAAGAAAGAGAGGGAGUCUCUGAAGCCAUUCGCAUAAUUGCAUUUUGUCACCUGUCUGAGAUCCUGUGUGCACUCAGAGAUUUUGGUCACUUGAUGCCAUUGAGGAAAACUUUGCAACGUGAACCAACAGCUGAGGAGAUAAAGAAUAUCUCGGAGAGGCAUAUUUGUACCACCUUGAUUUUGUGCUAUGGGCAAGCGGCCAUGGGUGCAAAACCAGAAGACAUGCUGGCUUUAGUCGAUUUCAUGGUGGCAGAGAUCCUCUAUCAUUAUCGUGGCAACAACAAGGAUGAGAUAAUGAAGAAAACCUUCAUGAGGGCUGUCAUUAUGAUAAGCAAAGCACUUCAACUCACCAAGAAAUUUGAUAUCCAUUUCCCCCAUAAAUCAGAGCUGGUUGUAUGCAUCAUAGAAGUUCUUGAAGAAGAACCGCAGGUGUCAUUCUCCGUUCCGAUCAUUCACCAGGCCAUGGUCACAGUCACUUGUAUGACUCCCUUGAAGCCACCGCUGGACUCGGAGGUGAGGUCUGAGCUAGUGAACAAGAGCGUCAAGAAAGUCUUCUCUCUGCCUUCUGUGCAGGUGUCAAAGCUGAGGGCAGUGAACCCAAUCCACCUGAUCCAAAGCCAGGAAUUUUAUCAACAGACCAUCAAUGCCUGCCAAAACAUGCUCAUCGGCCUGCUGAAUGAGGUUCCAAGUUUGGAGUCGCUGCAGGAUAUUUUGAUACACAUCAACAGUUGGAUAGAGUCCCCAAAGAUCUGUGAGCGGGAAAGAGCUGUUAGGAGCACCAGCCACCUGCUGAAGUUUGUCUCUGAGCACCUGGAUUUUGAUACAACGCCAGAGUUUUCCCUGCUGGGCCAGCUGGUGGCAGUCUUGGCCCUUCACAUCGCAGACAGUGUGAAGGAGAUUGGCCAGAUAGCAGCAGAGGCAAUGUACCAUCUCCACUACAUCAUCAUGAGCAGAAUGGCCAAGGAGAUUGAGAAGAAGCACAAGAAUAAGAAAGGGAAUGUUGUGAAAUGGUUGCGAGAAGAUUUUUUUGUCCCUGGCCCCGCUGUCUUUUACAACAAUAUUGCUAAAGUGGCACAGGCUUUUGGUGAGCAUCUCAACAGCAACCAGAUCACAGACGUUGUGCUCAAGGCAAUACAAAAUCUCACACAUGAAGACAAGUCUGUUUCGCAGGCAGCAGGAAUACUGCUAAGCUCCUUCUUGGAAGAAUGUGGGAUGGACAUGGAGGAUUUGCCCAUGAUUAUCAAGGAAAUUUACAACCGUCUCCCUGAGAUCAGUGACCCCAUCACCAAAGAAGAGACCCUGAAGGCGGUGUGCAGUCUAGCCUCCAAACGUCUGAACGGAGUGGUAGACAUCCUUCUGGAAUGCUCAGUGGAAUGUGAUGAGAAUGUAGCAGAGAUAUGGAAGGCAUUGGUUGCCGAUCCGUAUGCCAACAUGAAGCUUAUGAGACCGCUGCUCAAACGGCUGCAGGAUGAAGACCCUCUUUCAGACGUCUCUUACAGGCGGCACAGCAAAUCCAUCAUGCCAUUGGCGGCCACCAAUGCUUUGUGUCUGAUCCUAUCCUUGCCAGAGGCUUCAGAUGCUCUUCAGAACAAAUUCUCCCACCUGCUUCUUGCACUGGUAACCCAGAUCUAUUUUGUUCUUGGAGCUGGCAGGAGAGGAUCCAAGAGAUCAAGUUUGACUGAUGCACCUAUACGUCCUAACGCACUGAGCACUACUAUUCAGGCUCUGAAAAACUUGAUAGCAUGUGCCGGCUACAUCAAGGAAUACAGUAUUUUGGGGAUGCAAGGCUGCUGGGACAUGCUGUCAGCUCCAGAUACUUACUUUGAUGGUCUUUUCCUUCUGGCAAGGACCUUGUUUACCUUCACCAAAGUGCACCUUAAAAUGACAUUCAAACAGGCCAAUGCAUAUCUACGCCAUGCUGAUGUGAAAGAGAGGACAGUUGGGAUGGCUUUUUUCACUGAGCUUCUUUAUCACCCAGAGAUAGGCAUCUUUUUUAUGAAGCAAGACAUCUUGGAUGUUCUCCGAGAGUGGAUGGCCCAAACCUGCCCUCUCAUGCGAGUUUUCAGUAUCCGAGGUUUGGGACAUCUCUUGCAGCAUCCUUUGGAGGAUGAGACUUUGGAGCCCCUCCUCCCUCCCCUGAUAAACUGUGCUUUCGAUCCAGACAGGAAUAUUGCCAAAGAGUCCAUUAAGACCCUUCAGUAUAUGUUCCAACACUUGGAUGUAGAGGAAUUUGGGUCUGCAGCAAUUGGCCUUCUCCCACUCCUCUUGAAAUACUUGAGCGAUGAUGACCCUGAAUUGCGACGUGCCUCAAUUGUCCUCUUUGGGAUGCUACUGAAGGGUGUGAAAGAAAAUCAAAGAAACAGUGUGACAGAAAAUGUUUUUAAAAGCCUUGUUCCCCUUUUAAUCCAGCUAGUAGACCAUUCAACCAAAGAAGUUGCUCGGGGAUGCCUUUGCAGCUGUGCCAACUUCCUGAACUGGACAGACAUGCCCCACGACAUCUUUGAUUAUGAACUACAUGACAGAAUCUCCACCACAUACCUAAACAUCUGUAUCUACAUUAUGCGGAGGUAUAAACCAAUGCUUCCGGGAAUGCUGGCCCAAAUGGUUGAAUUCCUGAAGAGCAGGAAUCCUUCCUACCGAGAGGCAGCAGCCCUCUUGAUAGCAUGCAACGCACAGUACAUGAAACCAGAUGUGGUGUCCACACCAGAUGUUGAGACUGUUUUUCUGGCCCUCCGGGAGCUCCAGGGCGACUGCGAUGCUUCCGUGACCAACGCUGCUGUCCUGUCCAUUGAGGAAGUGUAUCGACACUGUGGGUAUCGGAUCAACCCACAGCUUGUCCCCAACCAACUCAUGAUCAUGUUAAGGAACAGCAUGUCCAAGCCACCCUUUGAGGCCAGGCAUUGAACAAGGUCUGGGAAGAGAACAGACAAGCAAAAGGAAAAUUCCUUGUUUCCAAGUGGCAGGGGGAUAGCUCCUGGGAAGAGCCACCUGGAGAAGGACAGGGUGUCUUUGCUUCACCUGUCUUUAGCUGGAUGGAGAGCGUUUCUGGAGAACAGAGCCCUAGGAAGGCCACAGAGCCAUGAACAAGAGUGCUUACAGAUGCCCAUGGCAACCACAGAGCUAACUGAAACACUGCAAAAGCCCACUGCCUCUCUACAUUUAUGGGUCUUGUUGCUCUGCAGAAUUAAUUGUAGCCUAUGGGUAAGAUGGAUUCAGAGAGCUGAAAACUCGCUUGGUGGCAGGGCCAUCUCCCCUCCAAAGUACAAAAGAAGAGAUCCUUAUUAUCAACAAAUGAUCUAUGAAACAGCAUUAAAGAAAAAAAGCUCCACAAACAUUCCUGAAUUCUAGAAUUUUAAUAUUUCACCUAGCAGACAGUGAACCCACAUUUGUACAUCACACUAAACUGUCAAUGUUGGCUUAAUCAGCCAG